GUCCAACGUCGAGCUCGAAUCGCUGGAAAGUCUACGAGGCAGGGAUAAAGGUGCACAGAGAGGCUCAACAAUAGUCACUCGUCAUGUCAGCUCCUCAGUAUCAGCUCGCUUUCACGCUUCAUGGGCACGCAUCCGAUGUCCGAAAUCUCUGUUCACCCUCACCUCAUAUUCCACUCUUGCUGUCUGCUUCGAGAGACGGCUCCGCAAUCGUCUGGGGCCCAUCAGGAAGGGACGGAGAAGGCUCGGAAUGGGAUGUGAAGCUUAGAGUAGAAGGUCCAGAGAAGAGGUUUGUCAGUUGUGUUGGUAUGACCAGGUGGAAUGGAGAGGCAUAUCUUCUUGUCGGCUCAUCAUCAGGUGUCUUGUCUACUUUUGUCCUUCCCUCCGCUACCGCUCCACCUCAAUCGACCAACGGUCCUGGCCCAGACCCAUAUCAUACCCUUGUCGAACACAAGCAGAACCUCUGUUGUAUAGAUACGAGCAAAGGGGGACUGAUAGCUUCAGGCAGACGCAGGACAGUGCUGGUCUGGAAGGAUUUCAAAGUCGUACUCCGUCUAGAAGCUCAUCAACAAGCCGUUUGGGCUGUGCGAUUCGUCGGCGAGGACAGGACGAUGUUAGCCGCCGCGGACAACAAGAUCUUCCUGCACUCGAUCGACAUUGCUUCCGGCAGUUCUACCGUGCUCCAGGAGUACACAGGUCAUAGCCAACCUGUUCGAGGGUUGAGCUUGACUUCGGAUACGAAGGGCUUCUGGAGCUGUGCCAAUGAUAGUCUCGUAAACGUAUAUUCGUUCGACAAGCCAUCCCCGCUUCGGUCACUUUCCGGUCAUACUUCAUUCGUUUACUCCGUCAAUACGUUUCCGGAUGGCUCAGGAGCAGUAUCUUCAGGAGAGGAUGGCACCUUACGAGUGUGGUCAAAUACCGAGCUGAUCCAAACCCUGCCCCACACCUCAAACUCUCUCUGGUCCUCAUCCAUCGUCCCUUCAGCGUCUGGCUCCUCUCAUUACAUCGUGUCGUCCUCGCAAGAUGCUCAGAUUCGAUUCUUCACCCGGAGCGCUGACCUCAUGGCACCUGAAUCAGUCAGAGAACGCUGGAAUCAAGAGAUCAGCUCGAGGGCUCUUGACAAGAGCCAAGUUGGUGAUGUCAAGCAGGCCGAUUUGCCAGGACUUGAAGCACUCGGCAGGGAAGGCAAGAAGGAGGGUCAGGUCUUGAUGUUGAAGAACGAAGGAAGUGUCGAGGCUUACUCAUGGUCAAUGGCAUCAAAAUCUUGGCAAAAAGUCGGAACGGUGGUCGAUGCGAUCGGAUCAGGUCGGAAGCAGCUGUUCAACGGAGUGGAGUACGAUUACGUCUUUGACGUAGAUGUUUCGGAGGGCAUGCCGCCGUUAAAGCUCCCAUACAAUAUCUCCGAGAACCCCUGGGUCGCCGCACAAAAAUUCCUGGAGAAAAAUGAUCUGCCCAAUUCCUACGUCGACCAAGUUGUCCAAUUCAUCGAGAAGAACACAGGUGGUGUCCAACUGGGCCAGGGUGACGCAACGAGCUAUGUAGAUCCAUACACGGGUGCUGCGAGGUACACUGGGAGUAGCUCUCAGGGUGGAUCGAGCUCGGGCAAUGCCGAUCCAUUCACCGGAUCCUCAUCAUACUCCAGUGCUCCUUCGUCAACCUCUGCCUCAAAACCAAAGGGUGCUCUACCAGUGACCGCGUACCUCUCUUUCAAGCAGAUAAAUGUCAACGCAGCGAGAACGAAGAUCUCUCAGUUGAACGAUGAACUCAAAGCGGGAUCACCCGAACAAGCGAUACCUGCGGAAGAUGAGAAGAAUCUCGUAGAGAUCUUUGCAUUCUUGUCCCAACCCACAGUCGCGCUGCCAAACCCCGACAAGUCCAGCGCAGGAGAGACAUUCUCCUCCGAACGAUAUUUGGAUCUCGUCAGCAGAUGGCCAGAGGAUAAGCGCUUUCCACUCAUCGAUAUCGCGCGAUGUCUCGCAGCGCUCUCGCCUGCGUUUGGCACUUGCUCAACCGCCCCUUCAAAGCUUCUCGAAAGUUGCGAUUGGUCUUCACCGUGGUCCGCAUCAAAGUCCCGCGAAACAAAUACCUUGUUGGCUUUGCGAGCUCUCGUCAACAUGUUCCUGACGGCGAAUGGACGUCGGACGAUGGGGCAAUCCGCGGAGCAGGUCCUAGUGGCUCUGAGAGAAAGGAAGUGGGAUGACCUUGGAGCACGAAAGUUGCCAUUCGUGACUGUACUUCUUUCAUACUCCUCCAUGGCUGUCAAAGGAGGAUUUCCAGCGCUUCAAGCGGGUGCUUUACUGGAACUGAUAACAUUUGUCCUGGAACACGAGAGCGAGGACGCCGAAACGGUUUACCGGGCAUCGGUAGCACUGGGCAAUAUGCUAUGCGCUCCGUCGGUAGCGGGUAGUCUUCAGAUAGGUGCCGUUCAGAGGGGUCAAAAGCUUGUCAAGGAAAGAGCGACCAGCAUAGGCGAGAAGCGCUUGAAGGAUUUGUCAACAGAGAUCUCCUCUUUGAGUGGAUAGUCGUGACCCAUAGCAUAGCAUUAUAGAUCUGAUGCGGCAUGCACUGACGGGAUACCGCUUGUUCUGGUU